AUGACAAUAACGUGCACUCAAGUGAUCCGCACAGCAACGGUUGAGGUCUGGGGCAAGCAGCGAGUAGCGGUAUUGCGAAAUCGAAGGCCAGAUGUCAAGACGAGCCCCAAUCAAAAUAAGAAACGACUUGCCUUGUCAUCCAGCACCAAAAAGCAAGAUGAUGAUGAUGAUGGAAAGCGCACUGACAAAGAGGAAGAGGAUGCCAAGGCACAGUUCAAGGUGAAGGAGUCUGCAUCAACAAAGAAACCUUCCGUGGGCAGAUUCUUGCAGGGGUACAAGGGAUUCGUGUGGCCAGGGGCAAAUCAAGAGAAGCUGCUCAGGUGUUUGCAAUAUAGUCUGUGGAUGAUUUCUUUCUUUUUGUUGGAGGAUUGCGCAAAGCUAGCCAGGGAACUGGAAUCUGCCAGAUACAUCUUGCGAUUCCAUGGUCUGCCACCAGCUCUGGAGGCAGCUCAAAGUGGCUCAUGGUCUUUCUCGUCUGCCAGGUAUCCCAAACUUCAGCAAUUCUUGGGGAAACUCUUAGCCUGGACGAUGGUUGGCUAUUACCCUCUUGAGCAUGCUGCAUGUCUCCUUUGGUUCAGCCCCAAACUGAUCUUUCCAACCUCUUUUCCCGUUGGGUUGGCUGAGGCUUUCUCCAUGUGGUCCUGUCGAUGCUGGCUGGCCUAUGUCGUUGUUGAAAUCCUUCAGAAUGGACUGAAGUACUGUGAAGAAACACAAAAGGCGAGGAAGUACGUAGAGCAAAAAAAGGACGACUCUGAAGGAGUGCAGUCUGCCAUGCCACCUCGUCCGGCAAUGAUGAAGUACUUGAGAUUUCAGCUUGUACGAGCAUCUUUGCAUCUGCUGCCUGCCAUGCACUGGUCAUUUCACAACUCGGAUAUUGAUCCAUGGCUUUCUCUGCCAUUUGUUAACACUCUCAUGUGGUUGGAGUCUGUGGUUUGUAUGGUUGAGAGUAUUACAAGCUUCCACGGCUGA